UCCUGUCUCCGCCUCCAAAAAUGUCUAGUUUACUCUGAUUGGUCAGAUGGCCUACUCAACUGUUAUUGGUCAACUGGGUUCGGCGUAUGUUCGAAAGGAUACGCCCCUGACUUCGCGUGUGUUUCCCGGUCCUAAAGAGAGCAGGAACGUACGUAAACAGCUACAUGCAGAUUGCAGAAACAAUGGCGAUUGUACUGCCUUACCAGUUCGAGCCCGAGUCCGAUCCAGAGAGUUCAGACGAGCAGACGGCCGUUACAGCAACACCUCCGCAAGCAAGACUUUUGCAGAACGUUUCUCAAUGGUGUUUGUGUGGCAACUGUGCCAGAAUGCCAAACGAGGCUGAAAACUUGUGUUGCAAAGAGAUUCCAAAGGUUGUAAGGAGAAUGCAACAGGUUCCAGGACCUCCUUCCUGCAUGAUUCAUCAUCCAGGUUUUGAACCAAACUGUCUUAAUCCCUACACACUGCAGAACAUCCACAACAUUUAUAGUACCGACUAUGGGCCUUUGAGGCGCAGAACACUAGAGGAAGGUUACAGAUACACAGCGUAUCGAAGCUUUGUCAGCUGGUGUUGGGGCUAUCUAGGACGACACAAUAGGGUUGUCAUCCCAUCGUGUGUUGUUCUCAGGAUCCGCUUGGAGUUUCCCGAUCAGGCUGGUCGGUAUGUCGGCUUCCGACCACCCCUACACUGA